UGGACCACGUGACUUCCUGUCAUGGCUGCUAGUGGUUAGCAUGUAGCAGCUAGUAGCUGUUAGCAUCUGUUUACUUGUUGUUCUGGCGGGAAACGUGCGUGUUUUCCGCAGCAAUGGCUUCAGUUCUUCCUCUCAGAGGCUUCAUCAGACAGAAACUAGAUGUUGCUGCGGAGGAGAUCUUCUCUGAGGUGGAGAAAAGCAUCCGGCUGCUGGAGAUGAGCCUGAGAGAGCAGCUAAUCCAGCAGCUAACAGAACUCCAUCAGCAGAAGGUCUCUGAGGAAGAUGUUCUGGACGACCCGCAGCUCUGGACCGGUGGGAGGAGCCACAGUUUGGACCAGGAGGAAGCAGAACCUCCACCAGGUCAGGAAGAGGUCCGGCUGUCAGGAAAUUUAAAGAUGGAAGGAAGACCUAGAGGUUCUGACAGAGGACCGGUCCAGAUGGAAGAACUGGACCUUAAGCAGCAACUGCUGGACACCAGCUGUAAACUAGAGAUAGAGUCACACAGAUCAGAAUCCCCACAUGGUCCUGAGGAGGUUCUGGCUGAUCGAGAGAUCUGGACCCAUGGGCGGACCCGGAACGCAGACCAGGAGGAAACAGAACCUCCAUGGAUCAAACAGAACCAUGAAGAACCUCAGCCUCUUUGGAUCAAUCAGAACCAGGAGGAGACUGGGUCUCUACAUAUCAAACAGGACGAGGAGGAUCCAGAACCUCCGUGGAUCAAACAGAACCAGGAGGAAGACUCCGUCUAUUCAGAGGAGGAGCGGCUGCUGAUCCAUCAGAACUUUAACCCGGUUCCCUCUGAUGAAGAGAGUGACCAGAGGGAACCAGAACCAGUCCCUGAGCAGGUCCACUCUGACACCUCUGAUGGUGGCCACGUAGAAUCAGAACCUUCUGAAAGGUCCUUGAAUGUUUCACAGACGAAGAAACAACAAUAUGAAGAAAGUUCCUCUGGGUCAGAAAGUCUGGGCGGGUUUGGACCGGGCUUCAGCAGAACAUCCUCACUAAUGAGCCACAUCAGAACUUCCAGCCCUGAGGAAGCUUUCUCUGCGGGUCUUCUGGCAGUAGAACCUUCUUCCUCAUCACAACCUCACCAUCCCUUCCUGGUUGGACACGCUGGGACGCCGUCUUCACAGCUGUUGGCAGCAAACUCUAAAAGACGGACUCGGACCGCAGAGAGUCUGUAUUCCUGCGGCUCCUGUGGGAAACGGUUCCGCUUCCACUGCCGGUAUUUGUCCCACCUGAGGACCCAUACAGGAGAGAAACCCUUCUCCUGCGGGGAGUGCGGGAAACGGUUCACUCAGGGAGGAAGUCUGUGGCGGCAUGUGAGGACGCAUUCAGGAGAGAAACCGUUUCUAUGCAGGACCUGCGGGAAGAGUUUCACCCAGAAAUCGGGUCUGCUGGGUCACAUCCGGACCCAGCAUGCCGCGAAGCAGCCCUGUUCUGGUUGAACGGGUGACUUCAGAGGACAGAACCGCACCGCCUCUGGACCUGAGAAACAUUUGCUGCAGAACUUUGAGGAGUUCUACUGUGGAGAAGACGGUUCUGGUCCAGAGAAGGGCUCAAUGAGAUGACCUGGGUGCUCGGGUCAUCUCACAUCUAUGUGAACUAUAUGUGUUUGUUUGUCCAGUUUUGAAUAAAAUAUCUUGGUUCUUA